AAUAAUAUACCUUCAAAAAGAUUGUUGGCUUGUUUAUGUGAUAUGCUAAGACGCACAGACGAGAAUGAAUAUAUGUUAUAUCUUAUUAUUUUGCGCAAUAUUCAAAAACUCGCGUGCUUCAAAAGAUGCUAUGGAAUUGUAUCCGCCCUCAGCCGAUGCUCUACUCUUCAACCCGUUAUCUCCUGUAAUAAAAAGAGAAUUUUCUGUGAUGCUCAAUCCCAGAGAUAUUGAUUGUUAUUUUCAUUACAUACCAACGCAGGCUAAAGUGCAGUUUCAAUACCGGGUAAUUACUCCAGGAUCAACGUUUUUUCGUAACAUUAUAUCAGCGGAAAUCAUAAGCCCUAACGGUGAAUCUUUUUUCAAAUCUUAUAAUCAAGAUAGGGAUGAUUCCUCGGACAUCAUUGCAAGUGAAUCAGGUGUUUACAAGAUUUGCCUACAAAAUACUCAAGAAAAAUUCGGUGGAAAGAAGGUUCGAGUGUUAUUUUCGUAUAUAAAUGAAGCUACUAUCAAGCAAAUUGCCAAGGAACGAAACGAAACAGGCAUCACUACUGAUAACAUGGUGACAUCUUCACAAAAACUCGCAAUGAUAGCAAUGCGAAUAUACAGUCAUUUAUACUACCAGAAGUUAGAAGAUGCUUCUAAUAUGGAACAAAUGAUUUCCAUGUUGGAAUAUAUUGACAGAUCUUCUGUUUUUAUAUGCUUGAUCAUUGUUGUACUAGCAUGUUUUCAGACAUUAGCUCUGAAACACAUGCUCAGAGAGUGUGCCAGCAAUAAACAACGAGCUUGAAAACAACACAAGGAUUCAAUAAUACAACACAGUGGAGAAAAUAGAAAAUUGUUUGACGCUUAAUUAAAGGUUGACAAGCGAGUGUGUUCUCAGCCACAAGGUUGCAUUAAUGCGAAAAUUUGAGAAAAAAUGGAACUGGAGUGAAAUAUACUUUUAACUUCAUUGUUCUGAGUGAGAAACCUUGGCUUGAGAAAAAUUGUUGAAUAAUUUACUCCUGUCACUUUGUAUUAAAAAUUAUUUUAAAUAUGUUACAGCUAUAUACAAAAAUCUUUAAGAAUUUAAAAUGUUGCUAAAAGAACAAGUUGACCUUUGGAACAGUGGUUCCCAACAUUUCCAGAGCGAUGUUAUGGCAAUUGUGGAUGUUGAACGGAAAAGAAUAACUUAAGUUAGGAUUCUCUGAACAGAAUCAGUUAACA